AUGUUUCCAGCUUCUUCCUCACCCAUGCCUGGGUUUAGCUUGCUGGGUACUGCUGUUCUUGAUCUUACUCUGGGUGAGAACAAUAGGAAAAUUGUAACAUCCAUGAAGUUAGGUGUAUCUGGGCUUCAAGAGCUUGUGAACCUGACAUAUGCUUUGAAGGAAACUGAUCAAAGAUAGUGGUUUCCACUGCACAAGGUUGCAGGUCGGCCAAUUCCACAAGUAUUUGAAGUCACUUUAGAUGACUGCAUAGCUCUGCUUUUGAAAUAUGGAGGAAAUGAGGCAGGACUGCUUCCCAUACACAAAGUGGCUUGUGAGGGGCAUUACCUAAAGCAUCUCAUUGCAGCCACAUCCCAAACUUUAAUCCAGGAUAGAGGGUCAAGCACUGUUCACUCUGCUGUAGAUGGCCAGAACCAGUGUCUAGAGCUUGCAGUUGAAAAUAGUUUGGAUGUCAACACUCUCUUGUCUAAACAUAUAACUUCGAAUACUUAUGAUGACAGAAGGAAGACUGCACUUCGUUGUGCUGUUUCUAAUAAUGAGAGUCUUUGCACCAAAAUAUUGCUCAAAGAAGGAGCAAAUCUAAACAAGGAUCCUUUAAACUGUGUUCUCGUGGCAGUGAGAGCUGACAGCCAUGGAACUGUAAAGCUGCUAUCUUAUGGACAAGAUGUCAACUUAAUUUUGUGGCUCAAUGAUACUCAUUUCUCCAGCGCAAGGUAUUCUUAGACUGGUGACAUGAUGCUGAGGCUGUUGCUCAGUCAUGGAUAUAAUGUGGAGAUGUGUUUGGACUUUAUGUGUCAGGGUAUCUUUGGAAAUUCUUUUGUGUGGCCAGCUCCAGAGCAUGAGCCUAUUCCUGGUUGGACUACUUCUUAUGGAUUCUGUGAGUUUAUUGCUGUUCCAUGAUUGAGACAUUUAGCUGGAAAAGUGACUUGUGUUUUUAUGGAUUACAUGGAUUAUGUGCCUCUAAGCACAAGAAUUCAAUUUUUCAUGGAAGCACAGGAAGAAUGA